AUGGCAUUCGACUCUUACCUCAAGCUGGCCGCCUCAUUGGCGGUGGCAAGCUUUGGUGGCCUCGCAUGCCUGGUCCUCUACCGCGUGUUCUUUCACCCACUGUCGAAAAUCCCUGGGCCCAAACUUGCCGCGAUCUCGCGCCUUUAUGACUUCUACUACGAUUGCGUCCUAGGAGGCAAGUUCGUCUUCAAGAUCGAGGAGCUACACAAGCAAUACGGACCCAUUGUGCGCAUAGGACCUAAUGAGGUACAUAUCCACGAUCCGGACUUCUUUGACGAAUUCUAUACCGUGACUAGCCGCCUCGACAAAGAUGCCUGGUACUAUGCAUUCGUUGGCUCCAAGGACGCUGGGUUCGGGACCGCCAAUGUCGACCUUCAUCGCGCCAGGCGCAAGGCCAUGAGUCGCUUCUUUGCGGCCUCUGCCAUCUCCAACCUCGAGUCAUCGUCGCGAGAGAAGGUCUCCCAGCUAUGCCUGCGGCUACGUUCCAUGCGUGAGGCGGGUAAGCCGGUCAAUCUGUCCAACGCUUUUCGCUGUCUGGCUGCCGACUCUGUUACCAACUAUUGCAUGCCGAAAGCCUUCAAUCUGCUGGAUUCGAUUGACUUCGCCGAUGACUACAACCGCCAGGCACGUGUGAUUUCACAUAUUGCCGCCUGGCAUCGUCACAUCCCCAUCAUUAUUCCGAUAUUCAUGCGAAUGCCAAGGUGGGCAGUCGCUGCGACCUCAACAGAAGGGGCCGUGAUGGCUUUCGACUUUCAGACAGAUUUGGCGCGACAAGCCGCCGACGCCGUGCACGCCGAAAAGCGUAGCGACAGAUCCGUGCUCGACGGAAUUAUCAGUUCCGACGCCAUCCCGGAAAGCGACAAGAGCGUCGACCGAAUCACACAAGAAGCUCGAACGCUUGUCGGAGCUGGCAGCGAGACAACCGGGAAUACCCUCGAAACCAUCACUUUCCACGUCCUAGCCAACCCCGAUAAACUUGAUCGGCUGAAGGAAGAAUUAGCUCAAGUCGUGGAAACAUCCAAAGGCUCGUCAGACCCAUUGUCCAACUACAGCACGCUGCAGCACCUGCCGUAUCUCACAGCUGUGAUCAAUGAAGGUCUUCGUAUCGCGUGCAGCGUCUCUGGCCGACUUGCAAGAGUAAAUCACCGACAAGCGUACACUUACGGCACGUACCUUCUUCCUCCGGGGACAGUCAUCAGCAUGAACAUCCGGAGCAACCAUACCUUCGAGCCGGUGUACCCGGAGCCGUUGACGUACAAUCCCGAACGUUGGCUGGUCGAAGGUGAAGAGUUGAAGCGGCUGGAAAAGUAUUUCGUGCCUUUUGGCCGAGGAGGGAGGAGUUGCAUAGGCAAAGAGCUGGCCCUCAUGAAUCUCUAUCUCACCAUUGCAGCGUUCUUCCACCACUUUGACGCGGAGCUGUUUGAGACGACAAGGAAGAAUAUUGAGAUUGAGCAUGACUAUUUCUCUCCGUUUCCGGCGGUUGACUCAAAGGGCUUGCGGGUCAUGCUCAAGUGA